AUGGUGUACGUCGACACGUGGGACGAGUUCGCGGAGAAGGCGGAGGUGCUCUUUCGAGCCGACCCCUCCAAGUUCCGCUAUGUGAGCAAGUACCGCCACUGCGAUGGCAAGCUGGUACUUAAGGCCACAGACGACCGCGUGUGCAUCAAGUUCCGCACGGACCAGGCGCAGGACGCCAAGAAGAUGGAGCGCCUCAACAACCUGCUCUUCACCCUCAUGGCCCGCGGGCCAGACGCCCCAGCAGCUGGCUUGUCUUAUCCAUAUAUCCCCCACCCUCACCUUACCAUGUUUGCGCCUCUCCCCUGUGUUAUUGCCGCUGCUGCUGCGGUUCCCAACAGCUGUGGUGGAGUCACUCUCUUUGGAACCCCAGCAGAUGCCUUGUCUCAUCCAUAUAUCGCCCACCCUCACCUUACCAUGUUUGCGCCUCUCCCGCGUGUUGUUGCCGCUGCUGCUGUUCCCUCAGCUGUGGUGGAGUCACUAUCGUUGGAGCCCCAGCAGCUGGCGUCUCAGCAGCAACAGCAGCAGCAGCAGCAGCAGGCAAGGAGAGGGAGGGGGCGGCGGCAAUGA